ACCCACUUUGUGGUUCAUGUACAGCAUAAAAAUAGCUCACGGCUUUGUCAUACCGCCUGUUGCAAGUCACGCCCUCCUUUCAUCCGGUGUGUACAUGUAUCUUAGUUACUAUCUUAGCCGUGAGCAGCUGUAUGUUGUUGUGUAGUGCUCAUAUGUGGCUCGUACUCCAGUUUAUUUGUAUAAAAUGAAUUCAUCUAACACUUGUGAUCCUCCUCUGUUUCACCUGCGAUCCUGCGACAACCACGACGCCGUCUAAACUGGAUACAGCCCUCGAAGUCUUCUGGUCGCCAAUACAGACGUGAACAUUUACAUGGUGGAAGCCAUCUGGAAUAGCGCAUAAGACAUGGCCACAGCGUCCUCCACAGACGACCAAAUCUCCUGCAGCCUCUGUUUGGAGGUAUUCACUGAUCCGCGCGGACUUCCCUGUGGACACACAUUUUGUUUGAUCUGUCUCCAAAAUCACAUCGACGCCAACAACACAGAUGAAACUUUCGUGUGUCCAAACUGUAGGGACGUGGUCGGUAUCCCUGACAACACACAAUCUACAUCGACUAGGGCUUCACAGUUCAAACGAAACCUCGCACUCGUGGACGCCAUUGGUCUCAUCAAACAAUUUAAAAUACGAGAUAACUCAAGAGUGCCUACUCCACAAGACCCAAAUAGACUGGUAAUUGAAUCUUCCUGUGAAAUGAUAAAGAAAUUCAGUCAUUUUAUAGAACACCAGAUGACGUCAGACAUUGAAAGACUACAGCGAAGCGUCUACAUCAGCGCGACACAGACUGCGGCUCAGAUGCAGAGACAAGGAGAUAAACUGAUUGCGGACUUCACAACAGCAGUCCGAAAUGAACUGGAAAAGAGGAACUCAGAACUGGAAAAAUGUCGUCAGUCUGUUAACAAAGAAAUUGUUGAAUUGUUCACUGAUGUUAACAGACUGAUAGUGGAAAGUAAAGAAUGUCUGAAAUUCGGCGAAACUCUCCUCAGAUCUACGUCACUUCCUGAUAUGAAAAGACAUGUUUCCAAAUUUUCAAAAAUACAAACAAUAACAGCUGAUUAUUUAGCCACACAGCGUCCUGAAUUUCCUGAUUUGGCAAUAACUUUAGCUGAACCUGAGAAAACAGGAAGAAAAAUGUUUUCUGCAGAGAUUGGGAGAAUUUUGAGACCUGACGUAAAAUCUAUCAAGAUAACACACAAAAUAUAUUUACCGACUUCAAUAUCUGAACCAGAGGUCGAGAUAAACUGGAAGUCAGAUAGGUUAAAGCAUGAACAAACGAUUAAUGCAAAACUGGAAUCCGAUACAGAAUGUCCAUUGUUAUUAUCUAUCCUAGUGUUAGAAGGUCAAGAGUCAAACAAGAUCGUUGUUACUGACUUUAAAAACAAAUGUGUAAAAUCAUUUUCCUCUCAACACAAAACGGUUCAGAGUCUCUACUGGACCAGUAGCGGACCAGGCGACCUUGCUAAGACACGUGACCACCAGGUGCUCGUCACCCUGCCAGAAGAAAGAAAACUAUUAUAUCUGAAUGUACAAGAUGACAUACACCUGACGAAGACGGUGACAACCAAGACAAAAUACUACGGCAUAACCAUAUUGCCUCACGACAAUAUGGCGGCUUGUUCAGAGUGUGAUGAGCGUGUCGACAUACUAAACCAGAAGUGUGACGUCAUACGGUCUAUUCCUAACAAGGUGGUCCCCAACCCCGGGUCUCUAACAGUGAAAGGCGACUCUCUAGUUGUUGUAUCAGAUACCACUAACAUUGUCACAUGUGUGUCGGCAUCAGGACACGUCAUGUGGGUAUCACGUGAUUCAACAAAGUUUCAUCGACUGUAUGAUAUUGCAUGUGACACUGAGGAGUUUGUUUAUGUCUGUGAUAACGGUAGAGAUGCCAUUGUUCAGCUGUCACGUGACGGGGAGAUUAUUCGUGAUGUCAUCACAAAGAAGGACGGCCUAAAACAACCUGUGUCUCUCUGUUUUGCUCAAGACAAACUUUAUGUCACCCAACAAAAUGGAGAAAUACAAAUAUUUGGGUGGAGCCAAACGUAACAUUGACCCUACAGGGUGUAUAUCACCCAAUUAAAUCACAGAGAUGAGAAUAGUACAGUAACAAAUGUGACUAUAACUUCAACACACGGUGUUUCAAUCAACACAUACACCAUUAAUAUAAACACUAUAACCUCCCAACUUUAAAAUAGUGUUUUGAAUAGGUAUUAAGUUACUCGUUUUAGACAUAAUUGGAAGCGUCUUUGACUAUCCGAGUUCCACACAAUAAUUGUUAUCCUGAUUUUAGGAAGACUCCGCGCAUGUUUCAAGCAAGUAGUUGUUGGUACAUUGACACUAGUUCAAAUUACUGUCCACACGAAACAACAUUUUAUAACAAAAAUACUGUCACAUUUAUCCAACGGCAUUAAUGGUUGUGGGGCGAGACGUAGCCCAGUAAGUAGUAGGGACGGCACUUGGGUAUCAUGUAUGCAAAUGAGGUCACGUGAACUGCGCUUGGCCUCUUCUGAUUGGCUGACCUCUAAGCGUGGGGGCGUGGCCUAAUGGCGUCACGUUCAGUGCACUGACCUCUGAGUCAUGCAGCUGGCUGACCUUUAAGUGUGAGGACGCUACUUUAACGGGGUUAAUGGCUUUGGUAGCUGUCGGGGGGUCUAUACAAGAAACAGAUGGUGAGGAAGUCGUUAAUGGCUAUCAGAUGGCAAGAUAGCAUGCGUUUUAUGAGUGUGUUAACCGUCGGGGGUCUAUACAGGAAACAGAUGGGGCGGAAGUCGUUAAUCAAAUGGCAAGAUGGGUUUAAUCGUGUUGACGUGUGUGUCAACCAGAUGUGAGCCUUGGCAACAGGAAGUGGAAAAUUGCAAGGCAUUUGAAACGUGCCCAUAUAUGGUCAUGGCGUGGGAACACCAUGAGUCAUCCCAGAACGUGUUCAGACACGUCUUGACCUCGAGAUAGCGUUGGGACACUAUGAAUGGCGUGGGGUGUGACGUCAUGGCUGAGACAUGGCUGUACCCCACAUUAUGAUCGGCUUCAUUGGUGUAGUGGUUAUGACUGGUAGGUACUGGGUUCGUAUCCGGGUAUCAGCUGGUAUUCAGACGUUUCACUAACCACUACCUCCCACUGUCCUGGAUAGGUAGCCCCACAGUUUAAGUGUGAACGUGCGUGUGUCCAGGAUAGCGUGUUUAAACCGUAAUGCACUAUUGAACUAGUGUUAGACCGGAGAAUCUCUAUCACGCCUCCACUAAACCCAACUGUCAUAAAUAGCCCUAGAUAGCUGAAUUGUGUGUGUGUGUGUGUAUGUGUGUGUGUGUGUGUGUGUGUGUGUGUGUGUGUGUGUGUGUGUGUGUGCACGCGCCUAGGAUAGUGUGAUUGAAUAGAGAUAGAGGUACGGAAAAUAAAUAUAAACAAACAGU